UCAAACCGUGUAGCUCUCAGUGAAGCCGACCAAAGACGAGACAGCCAAGGAGACGUAAAGUGGAACAUUUCUCAAUAACUUGUGCUUUUGUUGGACUAUACUGGGAACCCCAAAACAAACUCCUGCCUGCCUACCUGAAGAAACAGUAACUCCCCGCACUGUUUUUUUUAAAUCUCUGCCAAGCUAACGUUCAACGACUUUUUCUAAACUUUAACGCGCUACCUGAAAGAGGGAAAAAAGGACAAUCAUGCUCAGCCUCUGCCUCGUGUUGAUUUUAUCUGCCUCCGUCUUUUCAGAGUCGCAGGCGAGGGAGACUGAGACGUGGGUGCCCAUGAAGACCACGCAGACAGUCGCCAUGUCGACGCGCCACGGCGACCUCGAGUCAUCCGGAGACUCCCCGAACGGCUCGGACUUCGGCUUCACGGACGGCGAAGACAACAAAAACGCAGAGGAUGGCGACAUCGACUACUACACGGAGACGCUGUACGACGACGAGGACGAGUACGAAGGCUCCUCAGGAUCCGGGGACGGAGCAACAACUGUGUCACCUGUAAUGGAGUCCAAGCCAUCAGUUAAGCCCGACGUGAACGACAACAACAUCCCGGGGGCAGAGCGCCCGGUGCGGCCGACCGUCAACGAGGUGGACAUCGUGCGGAAGAGUAACGAAAUCCAGCAGCAGUCGAACGAGGCGGCGCCCGGCGAGGACCAGCUGUCCAACGUCCUCAUGGCCCACGCCGCGGAGGACAGCAUCUUCAACAAGACUGAGGUCCUCGCAGCUCUGAUCGCGGGCGGCGCCGUCGGCCUGAUGUUCGCCGUCCUCCUCAUCCUCCUGCUCAUCUACCGCAUGAAGAAGAAGGACGAGGGCAGCUACGACCUGGGGAAGAAACCCAUCUACAAGAAAGCCCCCACCACAGAGAUCUACGCAUAGACCCUCAUCUCCUCCCAGCCAACACACACACACUCACUCACACUCUAGGGCUGCACGAUAUGAGGAAAAUAUGCAAUAACAUUGUUGAACGUCGCGAUAAAUAAACGGAUAUUAAGUGUUCUACAUUUCUGCUGCUUUCAAUAUUCUGCUAAAAUACAACAAACUUGCUUGUUGACUUUAAAACAAAUCAAAGAAAAUCAUUGAAUUGAACAUAAAAGGCAGCACUAAAAAACGAACCACUGUCAUGUUUUAAAGUGCCGUUUUGUGCCGAUAUUUUCAUUCAACUAACAUAAAAAAAUGUAUCUUAAGUGUCUUUCCAUUAUGUCGCAGCUUUUCGUGAUCGGUUUAUUGCGGCAGUAUAUUGUGCAGCCCUCAAAACACACACACACACACCCACCCACCCCCCUCACUCCCUCGACCCUUAAAAACCCAAUCAUGGCCGGCGUCCGGCCUCACAGUGCCUCAUCAUUCUCACUUUUCUUGAGCGGAUUAAAGCUCGCUAAUGAAUCAGGAGAGAAGCCCCAACAACACAAUCGAUUGACUGACUCCUCCUACCUGAUGUACGCCAAUAUUAUGGGUGCUCUCUCGACCAAUCGGAGGCUCUGUUCUGUCCUCUUGUCAUCAUUUUUUUUUUUUUUUUUUUUUCUUUCUUUUUCUAAAAGGAGCAACAGGAGUGGACCAUUUCUGCUGCGCUACACGGUGAUCGUUUUUACAUCUUUGUGUUUUUUAUUAUUUUGUCCCCAUGUCAAGAGAAAAAACAAACGGAACUUACAAUGGAGGACUUCGGAGAACUUUUAAACUCCUUUUUUUUCAUUUUUUUUUCUCAUUUCCCCUCUCCUUUUCCCCACCUUCCCGUUAAAAAACACUAACACUGUUCAAUGACUCUUAUGUCUCGCUACGGUACACAUUAACAGUCCAGUUAUUUAUUACUCUGUUUUUAUUCCUCCUUUGUUGGACAGCAGCUUCUCACAUUGCUGUAGAAAAAUGACUUUCAUGUGAACUUUUUUAUUAGAAUUAUUUUUAAAGAACUCCUUGUAACACCGAGAGAUUUCACGUAUUCUUUUCUAUUAAACAUCCCUUUCAUGACGGGAAAGAAUUGAGCUCAUGUUGUUUGAUUUGAGGAAAAUGUACGUGGCUGUAAUGCUGGGUAGAUUCACGCUCUGUCAUCCGUUAGAGGAGUUAGAACUGAUGUUAAUAAUUUACAAUAUUUGCAAAUUUUUAUCCUCACAGUGCUCCUACGAUUACAUUUUUAGAACCGAGACGGUCAAACAAAGGGGCAGGAAGUGUUUGGAAAUCAUUGUUUCUGCCUUUUUCACACGCACAAAGUGCAGAAGAUAAUUCACUUCAUGUUGUGUACAUUUUCAGAUGCAACAGAGUUAAUUAAACAACCUUCAAAAGA